AGAGAAAGCCAUACUUGAAAACCCUUGCUUUUUGCAGCUUCCAUUGCUUGCUAAAUCCUACCAUCUUAACGUUUUAUUUUACAUACAUGCGUAUCUAUGUAUUACAUAUACAACAUGAUAAAAUGACCAUGAAAAAUGUGUUUCUAAUGCUUGUCGCAGCGGUUGUAUUCCUUGCGAUCCUUGAAGUUAAUGCAAGUAGGUCAAUUUUGGAAGAGAGUACGGUCUUUUCCACAGGUCAUUAUGGCUUGGAUAAGAGUGACACACUUCCCCUUGAAGCUAAGGAAGCUAUGAGCACAAUGAAUGCAAAGGAGGAUAGUGGAACUGACAUGAUUGAGAGCUAUGGAGAAGAGAGAGACUCGUCCACGAACACUCACCAUUACUUUUCUUGUGCUAAACAAUCCGACUGUAACAGUGAAAUUCAUACCUAAAAGAUGGUCAUAACGUCACUGGUGGUGAUCGGCAAUUGUAAAUUAACGCGCAUGAUAUAGGAACCGUAUAGCCCUAACUCCUAAGUGUGUACAUGAUGAUCAAGAAGCUUUUGGUUCAA